ACAGCUUAGCGAGUGCGGGGUCGCGCAGUUUUUUUCUGGCAGGCGGUGGAGCAGUUCUGAAAUGGCGGUGCUGCCGAAGGAGACGCUGCAGCUGGAGAGCGCGGCCGAGAUCGGCUUCGUGCGCUUCUUCCAGACCAUGCCGGAGAAGCCGACCACCACGGUGCGCCUCUUCGACCGGGGCGACUUCUACACGGCGCACCACGAGGACGCGCUGCUGGCCGCCCGAGAAGUGUUCAAGACCCAGGGGGUGGUCAAGUACAUAGGGCCGCCAGGAACAAAGACUCUGGAGAGUGUUGUGCUUAGUAAAAUGAAUUUUGAGUCUUUUGUAAAAGAUCUUCUUCUAGUUCGUCAAUAUAGAGUUGAAGUUUAUAAGAAUAGAGCUGGAAAUAAGGCCUCGAAAGAGAAUGAUUGGUAUUUGGCAUUUAAGGCUUCUCCAGGUAAUCUUUCUCAGUUUGAAGACAUUCUCUUUGGUAACAACGAUAUGUCAGCUUCCAUUGGUGUUGUGGGUGUUAAAAUAUCUACAGUUGAUGGCCAAAGACAGGUCGGUGUUGGGUAUGUUGACUCCAUACAGAGGAAGCUAGGACUUUGUGAGUUCCCUGAUAACGAUCAGUUCUCCAAUCUGGAGGCUCUCCUAAUUCAGAUUGGACCAAAGGAAUGUGUUUUACCAGGAGGAGAGACUGCUGGAGACAUGGGAAAGCUGAGGCAGGUUAUUCAGAGAGGAGGAAUUCUGAUCACAGAAAGAAAAAGAGGUGACUUUUUUACAAAAGAUAUUUAUCAGGACCUCAACCGGUUGUUGAAAGGCAAAAAGGGAGAGCAGAUGAAUAGUGCUGUCUUGCCAGAAAUGGAGAAUCAGGUUGCAGCUUCAUCAUUGUCUGCAGUAAUCAAGUUUUUAGAACUCUUAUCAGAUGAUUCAAACUUUGGACAGUUUGAACUGACUACUUUUGACUUCAGUCAGUACAUGAGGUUGGAUAUUGCAGCAGUCAGAGCCCUUAACCUUUUCCAGGGUUCUGUUGAAGAUACCACUGGCUCUCAGUCUCUGGCUGCAUUGCUAAAUAAAUGUAAAACCCCUCAAGGACAAAGACUGGUUAACCAGUGGAUUAAGCAGCCUCUCAUGGAUAAGAACAGAAUAGAAGAGAGACUAAAUUUAGUGGAAGCUUUUGUAGAAGAUGCAGAAUUGAGGCAGAGUUUACAAGAGGAUUUACUUCGUCGAUUUCCAGAUCUUAACCGACUUGCCAAGAAAUUUCAAAGACAGGCAGCAAACUUACAAGAUUGUUACCGACUCUAUCAGGGUAUAAAUCAACUUCCUAAUGUUAUUCGGGCUCUGGAAAAAUAUGAAGGAAAACACCAGAGAUUACUCUUGGCAGUUUUUGUGACUCCUCUUAUUGAUCUUCGUUCUGAUUUCUCCAAGUUUCAGGAAAUGAUAGAAACAACAUUAGAUAUGGAUCAGGUGGAAAACCAUGAAUUCCUUGUAAAGCCUUCAUUUGAUCCUAAUCUGAGUGAAUUAAGAGAAAUAAUGGAUGACUUGGAAAAGAAGAUGCAGUCAACAUUAGUAAGUGCAGCAAGAGAUCUAGGCUUGGAUCCUGGCAAACAGAUUAAACUGGAUUCCAGUGCACAGUUUGGUUAUUACUUCCGUGUAACGUGUAAGGAAGAAAAAGUCCUUCGUAACAAUAAAAACUUCAGUACAGUAGAUAUCCAGAAGAAUGGUGUUAAAUUUACCAACAGUAAACUGACUUCUCUCAAUGAAGAGUAUACCAAAAAUAAAACUGAGUAUGAGGAAGCCCAGGAUGCAAUUGUUAAAGAAAUUGUCAAUAUUUCUUCAGGUUAUGUAGAACCAAUGCAGACACUCAAUGAUGUAUUAGCUCAGCUAGAUGCUGUUGUCAGCUUUGCACAUGUGUCAAAUGGAGCACCUGUUCCAUAUGUACGACCGGUCAUUCUGGAGAAAGGACAAGGAAGAAUUACGUUGAAAGCAUCCAGACAUGCUUGUGUUGAAGUUCAAGAUGAAGUUGCAUUUAUUCCUAAUGAUGUUCACUUUGAAAAAGAUAAACAGAUGUUCCACAUCAUUACUGGCCCUAAUAUGGGAGGUAAAUCAACAUAUAUUCGCCAAACUGGGGUGAUAGUUCUCAUGGCCCAGAUUGGGUGUUUUGUGCCAUGUGAGUCAGCAGAAGUGUCCAUUGUGGACUGCAUCUUAGCCCGGGUAGGGGCUGGCGACAGUCAGUUGAAAGGAGUCUCCACAUUCAUGGCUGAAAUGCUAGAAACUGCUUCUAUUCUCAGGUCUGCAACCAAAGAUUCUUUAAUAAUCAUAGAUGAACUGGGAAGAGGAACCUCUACUUACGAUGGAUUUGGAUUAGCCUGGGCUAUAUCAGAGUACAUUGCAACAAAGAUUGGUGCUUUUUGCAUGUUUGCAACACAUUUUCAUGAACUUACUGCCUUGGCCAAUCAGAUACCAACUGUUAAUAACCUACAUGUCACAGCACUAACUACCGAAGAGACCUUAACUAUGCUGUAUCAGGUGAAGAAAGGUGUCUGUGACCAAAGUUUCGGGAUUCAUGUUGCAGAGCUUGCAAAUUUCCCUAGGCAUGUAAUAGAGUGUGCUAAACAAAAAGCCCUGGAACUAGAGGAGUUUCAGAAUAUUGGAAAAUCACAAGACUAUGGUGAAAUGGAACCAGCAGCAAAGAGGUGCUAUCUGGAAAGAGAGCAAGGUGAAAAAAUUAUUCAAGAAUUUUUAUCCAAGGUGAAGCAAGUGCCUUUUACUGAAAUGUCAGAAGAAAACAUCACAAAAAAGUUAAAACAGCUGAAAGCUGAGGUAAUAGCAAAGAAUAAUAGUUUUGUAAAUGAAAUCAUUUCACGAAUCAAAGUUACUACAUGAGGAAAUCCCAUCAAAGGAACGAAGAUAAUAUUGAUAAGCUAUGGUCUGUAAUACUUUUGUAUUGUUUUUAUACUAACCCUUUUUUUCAUAGUGUUGGCAAUUUGAUGCCCAUGGGAUAUCACCUUAAUAAAAUAUUUAGUAAUACUUUGAGUACAAUUUCAAAGAUCUUUAUUUUGAAGAAUGAGAGCUGUAACUGAGGAAUACAUAAAUGGACAUGGGCAAUAGUAGUCAGUGUGUGGAGUUUUAUAAAUAAAAUCAUGUAGUUUGUGAAAUUUGA